CACGGACCCACUGAAAUUGCCCAGACGCGGUUCGUAACACGAGGCAGCGCUUGAACCGCGACCGACGACCAAAAACGCAGCUUGAACCUUCCCGCCGCUAACAGCGACCGCCACCCACUUAUAAACACGCCAUGUCGGAGUUCGAGUCGGCAGCGGGGACACCCAUCACAGAGCCGCCGUCAAAGCGGCGCAGGGUGCACGAUGGCAGCCUGGAUACCACACCGCGCUCUCAGUCGCCCAGCAGUCCCCGCCAUCGCUCCCCGCCGACUGGGGGCCACAUGCAUGAGCAGAGUCUCUCCAUCCGGCGCGGCCGACCAGCAAGCCGAUCUCACAGCAGAAGUCGAAACGGGAAUCUCGAUGCCGAUGACGGCAACAGAGGCCGGUACCGCUCCUCGCCGUCAGCCUCCCGUUCGCGAUCCCGUUCAGGCCGCUCCCGCUCUCGAUCCCGACUGCGAUCACGCUCCCGUUCGCAAAGCGCCUCCUACUCCCGCUCCCGUUCUAUAUCUAGCAGCCGUUCCCGAACAAGAAGCAGAAGCAGAAGCAGAAGCAGGAGUAGGAGUAGAAGUAGGAUCAGGACUAGGAGCGGGAGUAGAACCCGAAGCCUCUCGUCGUCCCAGCCCACGCCAACCACACCGCAUGCGGCGCACCAUCACCGACACGCCCGACCGCCCAUCCUCCCGAACUACCAACCACACCUCCUCCUGCAAGGCCAUACCCGCGCCGUCUCCCAAGUGCGCAUAUCCCCCGACGGGCGCUGGAUCGCCUCGGCGUCCGCCGACGGCACCGCCAAGAUCUGGGACGCGGCCACGGGCGCCCACCUCGACACGCUCGUCGGCCACAUGGCGGGCGUGUCCUGCCUCGCCUGGGCGCCCGACAGCAACACGCUCGCGACGGGGUCCGACGACAAGGCGAUUUGGCUGUGGGAUCGCGUCACGGGCAGCCCGGCGCACGCCGUUGGCCGUCGGGAUCCCGCCGGUGUGGGGAUAGGCGCUGCGGCGAAGGGUCCGGCGACGGGGAGGGCCGGGGCUCGAAGAGGUCGCGUAGGCGCCUCUGACGAAGGGACUAGGGGUGGUAGGCCAGGCAGGGGGCCCUUGCUGGGUCAUCACAACUACGUUUAUUGCUUGGCGUUUUCGCCCAAGGGGAAUAUCCUGGCCAGCGGAAGCUACGACGAGGCCGUGUUCCUGUGGGAUGUCAGGGCAGGACGGUUGAUGCGUAGUUUGCCGGCGCAUAGCGACCCGGUAAGCGGGGUCGACUUCUGCAGGGACGGGACGCUGGUGGUGAGCUGCUCUACAGACGGGCUGAUUCGCAUCUGGGACACUUCAACCGGCCAGUGUCUGCGAACGCUGGUGCACGAGGACAACCCGGCCGUCACCAACGUCUGCUUCAGCCCCAAUGGUCGGUUUGUGCUGGCCUUUAGCCUGGAUGACUCGAUUCGAUUAUGGGACUACGUCUCCGGCUCGGUAAAGAAGACAUACCAGGGCCACACCAACAAGGGUUUCUCGAUCGGCGGAGGGUUCGGCGUCUUGACGGAUGCCGACGACGGAUACCCCGGCGACGACGAGGAUUACGGCAGCGCUCGGCGCCAAGCUUUCGUGACGUCGGCCAGCGAGGAUGGCGACAUCGUCAUGUGGGAUGUCGUAAGCAAGGCGGUCGUCCAACGGAUCAGAGGAGCGCACAAGGGCAUAUGUUUUUGGGUUGACGUCCACGGCGGCACUAUGGUGAGCGCCGGCCAGGAUGGCCUGGUUAAGGUGUUCAGGCAUAGGCCGGACGGCAGGCCUUUGAAGCAGGAGAAUGGCGGGACCAAUGGUCACGUCAAUGGCCUUCCGGAGGAGCCCGCCAUGCAGGAUGCUGCUGCGGCAGAUGAGGAGUUACAGCGGCACGUGGAGGCAGAAGCCGGAUCACCUGGUUUUCACGUCAAAGAGGAGCAGUUGUGACUUGGGCGCCGCUCC